AUGCGCAAGGUGUUUGAAGACGCAGUGGACAUCUCUGCUCUGACACUCGCCUUUGAUCAGGGGGUAAAUGCUGGUUUGGCAGUUAUGGCCCCAUCCGUCACCCUGAGCUCCCUGCCUCCCCCACUUUACUUUCAGACGGAGCAGCAGGAGCAGCAGGAGGAGCGUGGGGGCUUGUGGAGGCGUGUGCUUCUCGGACCAAUCACAGGCUGCAGCCGGCGGACCGCACAUGUUUACAGGCAGCAUUCCGCCGGUAGAGCCCCUCACGGCACAUGCGCACUCCGGACUGGAUCACGCCGCGUUCUGGAGCGGAGUCCACACAAAGCCGCGGUCCUGACCCUGCUCGACACGCCGCAGAGGAUGACAGCAUCUGACACCAGAUCGUGUACAAAAGGCUUUGUCUUCCGGAAGAGGAGCUCAACGCCACGUUUUCCGCGCUCCUCUCCAGCUCUGGGAGAGCAGUGGGAAAACAAACAGCGCGGAGUUUGGCGCCGCGGCCGCAGUCGGGGCCCUCGGAGAAUGUCUUCUCAGUGUCAGUGCUCUGAAAAACCCGUGGUGACGCGUGUGAAUUUUCCGAGACUCUGCGAGAUGCAUACGAGGCGUUUGGUGAAGCGCUCUAUCCUCGGCAGCCGCGUAUAUGCGCCGAGUCCGACCGGGGAAGACCCACCGGUGACAGGGCUGCUGCAGGCGGGCAAACAGGACCCCCGAGACAAGCGCGGUGUUUACACCGUGCUCCUGCAAGACGGCAGCCUCAAAGAGUUCUCCGAGGAAGACAUCAUCAACCACACAGCCACUAAAGGAGUGCUCAAGUCCAGCCUGAAGCAGAGUAAUGGAUGUUCUGACGCUCUGCGGCUGGAGGCUUCUCUGAGCCCAGAAGCAGUGGAGGAGCUGAAGCGCCUGGGCCCCGACACUCGCUCCGUGUCUCUGCUGGAACAGAAACGCAAAGUGGUCUCCUCCAGCAUCGACGUGCCGCACGCCAGGCGCUCUGAAGAGGAGGUGGACAUGGACAAAGUGACUGCAGCCAUGGUGCUGACCAGUCUGUCCACCAGCCCAUUGGUCCGGAGCCCUCCUGUCAAAGUUAGCGAGGCUCUGAGUGGUUCAUGGAAGGACAAUGGUUCGGCGGGACCCUUCACUCCCUCAAGCAACAGCUCCUCUGGGGGCUACUGGAGCUGGUCUGCUCCCAGUGACCAGUCCAACCCCUCCACCCCCUCACCCCCACUGUCCGCAGACAGCUUCAAACCCUUCAAAGUGCCCAGUCUGGGGCCAGGACCAGUCCCCACUGGACUUGAGGACCCAAGUCUGGAAGAACAGGAUGGCAGCAGUCUGCUGUUUGAUGAGCCCAUUCCACGCAAACGCAAGAACUCUAUGAAGGUGAUGUUCAAGUGUUUGUGGAAGAACUGUGGAAAGGUCCUUAGUUCGUCUGCAGGCAUCCAGAGGCACAUCCGCACCAUCCACCUGGGGCGAAACUGUGACUCGGACUGCAGCGACGGCGAGGAGGACUUCUACUACACCGAGAUCAAACUCAACACAGACUCGGUGGCGGACGGUCUGAGCAGCCUGUCCCCCGUCUCGCCCUCGGUCCUGUCCCCCGCUGCUCCUCCCCCCUCCCCUCUGCCCGGUGCAGGAAACUCGGACCUCCACAUACCUCCGCAGUUUGACCCCAAGGAGCCCCACGUGGGAGGCACCACCCCCCUGAGCCGCUCCGCCCCCAGCGCUCUCUACCUCAUCCACACGGACCACGCCUACCAGGCCACAACUCCUGUUUCCAUCCCGUCCAACGGAAACAACAUGAACGGCUCCACCAGCUUCACUCCCACCAACAGCUCCAACUUCAGCAUCUCCUGGCAGUCUCCACCCGUCUCUUUCACGGGCAACUCGAUGUCGCCAUCGAAGAGCCAGGGCUUUGGGGAGCGCUCCCAAACCAUCGCCGUCUUGUCAUCGCCUCCUCGAGCCUCCACUGCCCUCAGUCGGAAGGUGCGCGGUGAGGGAAAGAAGUGCCGCAAAGUGUACGGGAUGGAGAACCGCGACAUGUGGUGCACGGCCUGCCGCUGGAAGAAGGCCUGUCAGAGAUUCACCGACUGA